AUGGAGAAUCAGUCUUGGGAUUUCUUUGGGGCACCAAUGGGCAAUGUCAGCGCAAACCAGACUCAUAUGGACAAGAUGCCUCAGUUACCCCUGGAGGUGCAGGCAGUAACCAUCUUGCUGGUACUGCUCAUCUGUGGGGUAGGCAUUGCAGGAAACAUUAUGGUAGUGCUGGUGGUCCUUCGCACCAAGCACAUGGUGACCCCUACCAACUGCUACCUGGUGAGCCUGGCUGUAGCUGACCUAAUUGUACUGCUGGCAGCGGGGUUACCUAACAUCUCUGAGGUGGUGGCCUCCUGGGUGUAUGGCUAUGCCGGCUGCCUGUGCAUUACCUACCUGCAGUACCUGGGCAUCAACAUCUCAGCAUGUUCUAUUACUGCCUUCACAGUGGAGCGCUAUAUCGCCAUCUGCCACUCCAUCAAGGCACAGCUGCUGUGUACUGUGGCCCGAGCCAAGCGCAUCAUCGCCUGUGUGUGGUUCUUCACUUCUCUAUACUGUCUCAUGUGGUUCUUCCUCGUGGACAUCUCCCAGGCCACGUUUGCUGAUGGCAUACAAGUCACUUGUGGCUACCGUGUCUCCAGGAAUCUCUACAUGCCCGUCUAUUUCCUGGAUUUCACCAUCUUCUACGUCAUCCCUCUGGGCUUGGCCACUGUUCUGUAUGGCCUCAUAGCACGCAUCCUCUUCAUGAACCCAUUGCCUGCUACUCCACAGCAUGCGAGCCAACUGAGCAAACACAACAGCUCCAUCAGCACCUCCAGCUCCAUGAAGCUCUCCUGCAGGGGAAACAAGAGUGCCCUGACCUCCAGAAAACAGGUAACAAAGAUGCUGGCUGUGGUGGUGAUUCUCUUUGCCCUUCUGUGGAUGCCAUACCGCACACUGGUGGUGGUGAACUCCUUCAUGGACCCUCCUUAUUUGAACAUCUGGUUCAUCCUCUUCUGUCGACUCUGCAUCUACCUGAACAGCGCCAUCAACCCCAUCAUUUAUAAUGUAAUGUCUCAAAAGUUCAGAGCUGCCUUCAAAAAGUUAUGUAAAUGUGAGCGGAAGAGAAAUGAAAUCACUACCCAGUACAAUGCCCCGGUCUUCUAUAGCACUAUGAAGGACUAUUCCCAUGACAGUUCUGAGCAUGACAUAACAGAACAAGAAGAUCUCAAUGGUUACCCACCAGCAGCAAGGAAAAUUAAAACUUCCAAAUAAACCUGUUGCAUCGUAUGCCAACUAUGAUUGCAACGACUGCCUAUGAAAGCAGCUUCAGGAAUAUAGAUGAAUAGCAUGUUAUAAUAGACAAGAGAUUCCCUUCUUGCCAUUUGGACAGAAUGUAAUCAUAAGGCUAACUGGUUCAUUUUAUGUCAGUGUUAACUUAGGCUCAAGAUUGGUCAACAUUUUGCAUUAUUCAAAGCUGUAAAGAAUGGCACAGUAUAAUGGACCUUCUUGUUAUGUAUGUGCAAGAUCCCUAUUCAGCAGCUGUUUGCUUCUUACAUGAUUACACUAAUGGGCAGAGAGAGGG